AUGAUGACUAAGGCGUCUAGUGUGGGUGAGUAUGGUGGUUUUUGGGUUGGUAAUGAUUUGUAUUUUGAAAUUUUUCAGUUUGCUGAUGAUACAAUGCUUUUAGGUGACAGUUCUUGGAGAAAUCUUUGGAGUAUCAAGGUCAUUCUUCGGGGUUUCAAGUUGGUUUCGUGUCUCCAUAUCAAUUUGUCUAAAAAUAUAAUUAUGGGAAUUCAUGUUCAGCUAGAUUUUCUUCAAGCUGCCUCCAUUUUUCCUUAUUUUGAGAUUGAGCUUCCCUUUUUUUAUUUCUUGUUAUUUCGGUGGGAGGAAAGAGGUGUGGAAGCCGGUUGUUUUGAAGAUUAG